CCAAGCCAUUACUUCAUACUGUAUCUCGUGCACCUUCGAAGGAAGUAACGAGUCGUUUACCUUCCAGUAAUUUCCAGGGUUAAUUUACAAUUUUCACGAACAGUGAAUAUAGUUAGCUUUACAGAGGCAGGCGGCAGUGCAGAAUGAAUGAAUCUCCAGCCAUGAGGACACCAGAGGAACUAUGAAGUGUGCGUGCUUGUGUGUGUGUGAUGGCUUACAGCAGAUUUCCAGAAAGCCACUAGAGGUCCGUGCUGCGUGCUGACCCUGAGGAGCGUGAGGCCUCAGCGAUGCUCUCUACCGAAUCUGCCCGAGAGCUCCAGACUAAAGAGCGCAAACACAAGAGCAACCUGAGUAAACAACUGGCCAGUGCGCUGUCCUCAGACUUAAACAGGCUGUUGCAGGAGGAGCAGGAGACAGAUGUGAGUCUGUGUGUGGGUUCAGGUUUCCAGCUCAGGGCCCACAAGGCUGUGCUGCUGGCUCGAGCUCCUCACCUCCUCCAGGGAACCUCACAGAACACUUCCACCAUCAACCUGCAGGGAACCGAACCUAGUGAUCUCAAAGAGCAUGUUCGGAGAAUCUACACAGAUGAUGAGUGUCUGGGGAAGGGGACGGCCUCCUCAGCAGGACUGCAUGACCACUCACAGCUUACAAAUAGCACUGUGGUAGAGGAGGAUGGAGAAUUUCAUGCCAGCUCAGGUCCAGACUCUGUGCGUUUAGAGCCAGCCUCUGGGCUCGGCGCUGAUCUCUUGGCCCUGUAUGAACGAGCUGAGGCCUGUGAUAUUAGCAUCCAGGUGGGAGAAAGAGUCUUCUCAGCUCACAGGGCAAUUCUUUGCGCUCGGUCUCAGUACUUUCGAGCCAUGUUGUGCGGCAGUUGGAUGGAAAGCUCACGCCAGUGUAUCACACUACAGGGUCUGGGCCCUGAUGAGAUGGAGGUUCUUCUGCAUUUUAUGUAUGGAGCCAUAAUGGACCUUCCACCAGGGACCAAUGUGAGUCAGGUUGUCUUGGCCGCGGACAUGCUGGGUCUGGAGGGGCUGAAGGACGUGGCUGAAAUGGUCCUGACCAGAGAUUAUUGCAGAUUCUUCCCUAAGCCUGUUGAAGGAGUGCAGAGGAGCAUACUCGAGUGCCUUGCCAUCAGCCAUUCCAUCGGACUGCAAAAUCUCUAUAACACAUGUGUCAGAUGGGUAGCUGAGCAUUUUGUAAAGUGCUGGUCGGAGAGGAGCUUCUCCAUCCUUCCUCCUGAGCUACAGAGAGAUUGCCUUGACACUGUCAGUAAGAACAUGACAGUGCAGACUUCGGUGUCGGUGCUGUGUGGUGCUGAGCAGCUGAUUGAGUCUUUGCCUGAGGUGAAGUGGGCGAAGCAGGUCGUUUGUUUGGCCACCGAGCUACAGGAGCAUUGUUUAGACACCAUCGUCACACAUCUGCCUCGAGUAAUACACACCACUGCCUUCCACAGCCUCCGCAGGAGGGAGGAAUUUACUCGUGACCCCACGCUGCUGAGGAAGGUGUGUGUAGCUGUGCGGGAAGGUGUGACGGUGGAGAACUGCUGUGAACUCUUUAGCGCGGUGGAUCAGCUGAGUGGCCAGUCAGACGCAGACAUACUGACAGCGGAAUCGUCCUAUCAGGGCCAAGAGAACAUGGAGCCCUUCAGACGUGAGGUGUGUUCGCUGCGUGCUCGGCUGUGGACCUUUCUGCUUCAAUCGUUCUUUGCAGUGAGACAUACGCAAGGAUGGGAAACGCUGCAUCCCAGAUACCGGGAAAGGAUACUGUCCGCUACGCUUGAUACCGGGGACUGCAGAAGACUGAGUAAAAAGCCUGUUCUUACUAGCUCUCAGCAGAAACGUGGGAAAUGUACUUCAGGCUCAUCCUCUCCGUGUGAGAGUCAUCCAACUUCUCAGCCGCUGAAGGCCCUCAGGGGCCCACGUCCCUCUUCUGAAAACACUGUAGCAGCAGCCAAGAGUGCCAUGAAGUCAGAUAGUUUGGGCCCAACAGCUGCCACAAAAACCAAAACUGGCACCAAUGACUCAAGUCGGGCCAAGACCAGCAGCCCGGCUAAAAAGAAACCACCUUCCACCUCUAAAGCUGUGUUGAAUGGCAGUGUUGCCCCGACGGUUCGCCGGGAAAACUCUACUGCUAAUGGCACAACAGGCAGAUCAUUCCAGGAAAAAAGUGUGGCACAACAUGCCAGGCCCAAAUCCACCCCCACUGGGACGACGGGGCCAACGGGUAAAGCUAAAGUGAGCAAAACCACCGCAUCUGGGAAGGAUUUAACUCACGGCUCCACCUCUGACAGCCCAGGGAAUGCCCAGUGUUCCCAAACCACACCCUCUACAUCAGGCAGUGUCUCACCAGAGAGCAGUGUUAGCAGUCCCCACAAAAGCAGCAGCCAAGUUCUCAGGACGAAACCCCAAGCCAUGGCAACAGCAAGAUCUCCUCUGACCAAGCCUGUCCAGAAACCCGAGAAGGACAAGGCUAAUAGCCCUAUCAAUAAAGCAAACAAACCCAAAAGCGCAGUGAGCCUCAAAGCAGGCAUCAGUGCAGGAGCUGCAGCUCGUACAGAGCCAAAGAGCAAGAGCACCGCUUCAGCCACUUUAGAGAACAACGCUUCACCACGACCUGGCUCACUUAUGACCUCCAAAAAGCCUACCUCUCCCAGGAAAGAGGACGAAAAAGAUGGUUCUAAGCUUUCAACCACUAGGAAGCCAUCAAAACUGAGCACUGAUUCAAAACCCAACACCAAACCAUCCAAAUCCACAGUAUCAUCAUCUAAACCAUCUCCAGCUACAACAAAUAAAAGCGGACCUAAUAGGAAAGUUGCAGAAACCCCAGUGGUAAAAUCUUCCCCCAAGUCAGUCAUGCCAUCUAAACAAUCUUUACUUACUUCCUCCAGAAAGUCUGCGGCUGCAGAGAAGCAUUCAGCAUCUAGCGCAAAACAGUCUGCGACCCCAGAGAAGUCCAAUGUUGCUACAAAGGACGUGAAGGCUCAAGCACUAAGGCAGGAAGUCCAGAGCCCCAAGUCUCUUGUGUCAGUUGAAGGAAAUUUGGAUAUCAACAUGGGUCUACCAGAGCAGCAUUGCACUGUUCAGGAUUCUGAACCUGCUGAAGCUGCUGUGGAAGCGUCUACUGAGUCUUUUGUUGCUAAGAUAAACACCAGUCUACCUGUUGAAGCCAGUACUUCAGAAAAGAAACCAAGUACAGAACAGAAAGCACGACAAAGCCACAUGAAUCCUACGAAUACAGACAAUCUUAAAAGUGAGGUUAGUGGGAGUACAGUUCCUCCAGGCAGUACUGUUGUUUCUCAUGUUGGCAAUGGAGUCGCUUUCCAGAGUCACUCAAGAGAGUCAGACUUUCCUCCUGACACCCCAUGCAGUCUGGGAAGCACAGACACCCCUCUUGAGGACUCAUGGAGUGGGAUCCACCCUCAAGUCAGUCCUGAAUCCGAGACAGCCAGUGCCACUACAUCCUCAGAUGAUAUCAAGCCACGUUCAGAAGAUUAUGAUGCCGGUGGCUCGCAGGAUGAUGACUGCUGCUCACAAGAGCGCGGUGCAACUAAAUGCGGGACGAUGCGAUGCCCUGACUUUUUAGGCCGCAGCAGCAGUGACACCAGCACUCCAGAGGAAUUGAAGAUAUACGAGGGGGGGGCCGGGCUGCGAGUAGAGGUGCGGCUCAGGGGCCGUGAAGCAGAGACUACGAGCGAGGAAGAGGGAGGGCGUCGGAGGCCACCGUCCUGGAUAAGACGUGACGAGGUUCCUGUGAAGGAGGAGCCAUGCAAGGUGGAUGAAACCUUAAUGAAUGUAAAGAGUGUGCCGGAACAUCAGCUCUUCUCAUCUGAGGAAGAAGAAGAAGAGGAGGAAGAAGAAGAUUCUGAAGAAGAACGGUCUGAAGUGGAAGUUUUGCCUGGUGCCAUUGCACCUCCUCAUGCAGAACCUUCACCACAGUACCAGGGGAUUGUCAACCCGGCAUUCGAAGAUGCAGCUGAACAAGAGAAUGGUCAUGAAUUUCAGCCUACUUCUGGUUUCCACCGCUCAGUACUGCUCUCAGUGGAUGAAUGUGAAGAGCUGGGAUCUGAGGAAGUGGGAAAUGGUGAGGUCUUCGAGAAUGAAAUGCCUCCAAACACCCAGGCUCAAUCCUGUUCCCAGAAGCCAACAAAGGAAAACCUUCAGGAUUCGGAUCCCAAAUCCCUGGUGAUCAAUACAGACACGGUCCAGGACAUAUGUGUGCUUAAUCAGUCAAGCCCUUUCCAGCAACACACAGACUUGAAUGAAGUCCCUCCUCAGGAACGACCCAGUCACCUGGAUCUGCGGCCGGCUGAGCAGUACGGCAGCUCGCAGUCCAAGCAUGCAGAGAGCAAGAGAGCUGAAUUAUGGCUAGACAUACCUGACGCCCAGAUGUCCACAAGUUCACCUGCCCACUCUGCCCAGUCCCCUACAGGGGACUUUGAGGGUUGUGACAGAUCGGAUCAAAGCAGCACACAUGACCGCCGCCCAUCUAAAGUCCUGUCCCCAAUUUAUGAGAUGGAUGUCGGUGAGGCAUUCGAGCAAAACUUGGAUACGAGCAGGACCAAGGAAGAACCACAGGAUGAUACUGAAAAGUACGAAGAGGAAAAAGAAAAAAAUAAGUUUGCGGAACGUGAUUGGAGUUUGCUUCGGCAGCUUCUGUCAGAGCAGGAGUUGAGUCUGGGCGUAAUAAACCCAGUUCCAGAGGACCUGAACUUGGCUCAGUAUUUGAUCAAGCAGACCCUGUCUCUGUCUCGAGACUGUGUGAACGAGCAGGCUUUUGCUCAUCAUGAGAAAGAGAUGCAAGGUUUUAAGCGCUGGGCUGAGCUCAUCUCUCCAAUGGAGGACUCGACCACCAGCAUCACUGUGACUAGCUUCUCUCCGGAGGAUGCUGCCUCUCCGCAGGGAGAGUGGACCAUCGUGGAGCUCGAGACGCACCACUGACGAAGAUGAGCGUACUUUAGUGUAGGCCAUUUUGGAGUACUGCGUUUUCUUCCCUCUACACUGACACAUGGAUGUUUCUACUUCUUUUUAAAAGAUUACCAGUAGCCUUUUUUUGGCUGCACAUUAACUUAAAUAAGUUAACUCGUCUCCUGAGGUACUUUACGAGGAGUGGACUGAUGGACAUGAUUUGCAUGUGGACUUUUUUUUGUUUGUUUGUUUGUUUUUUGUAUAAUUUAUUCUGUUUUAUUUGGUGUCGCUUUAAUCUUUGUAGAACAUUGAAAAUGUAUACCUGUUGCACUUUCUGUUAAAUGAUUGUUAGACAAUGGCUUUGAAAAAGGAUUUAGUAUAUGUAGUAAGUAUGGUGCUUUACAUCCAUUGUUCUGCGUAAUAAAAUGUGUCG